GCUCUUGGCGGCUGGGUCUGCGGAAGGCACGGGUCCCGGGAUGGCGGGUACCACGUCCCGCGGUGCUGCUCCGUUCUCCUGUCCCCCCAACUUUAUCGCGACAUCCCCAGCUUCAGAGCCCACUCGUUUCUCACUGGAGGUGUUAAGGGACCCAGAUACGGAACUGUGGCUUAUCCAGGCUCCUGUAGACUUCGCCCCAGACUGCCUCAAUGGCCGGCUGGUGCCUCUCUCAGGCUCCCAGAUUGUGAAGGGCAAGUUGGCGGGCAAGCGGCACCGCUACCGGGUCCUCAGAAGCAGCGGCCCCCAGGCUGGAGAAGCAAUCCUGCUGGCUCCCUCAAGGGAGGCUGGAGGGGUACUCACCUGUGCCCCAGCCCCCCAGGGCAGCCUAAGGAUCUUUGACGGUCCCCAAGAAUCCCCACCUGGGACCCUGCUGCAGCCCAUCCCAGCAAGCCCCCCGCCACAGAUACCCCCUGGCCUGAGGCCUCGGUUCUGUGCCUUUGGAGGCAGCCUACCAGUAACAGGGCCUGGGUCCGUCCUGGCACUGAAGUCAGCAGCCUCAAGAAAGAGGAAGAAGAAGAGACAUACACCAGAAACCUUAGUUCCCCAGGAGGCGGUUAAUGGGCUUGGGGCCCUGGAGGUGGACACAGUUUUAGGGUCUCCAGAUGGGGAUGUGGGGAAGAAGAAAAAAAAUCAAGAGCUGAGAAAACCAGUGGUGAUGGAGCCCUUGGCAGCAGAACCCACGGCUGAGACAUCGGAGCCCCCGGGAGCACCGUUCCCGUCCACCACCACCAAGAAGAAGAAAAAGAAGCCCCAAGGGGCAGAAACAGAUGAACCAGAAGAGCAGACGCCAGUGCCUGAAGAAAAGACAGCAGAGCUGGAACGCACAAUUAAAAAGGAGCCUCUGGAAGAGACGGUCUUGUCUCCCACCAGGAAGAGGAAGAGGCAGAAGGGGACGGAAGGCUGGGAGCCAGGGGAAGGGAUGCCAGCCGAGGCACUGCUACCGCUGAAGGUGGAGCUCCAGGAGGAAGCCAUCCCACUGCCCUCCUCGAAGAAGAAGAAAAAAGAAAAGGGGUACAAAGUCAUAAUGGAGCCUGCAACCGAGGCGACAGAGCUGGAGAUGGGCCCUCUGGUGCUCCCAGGGGAGAUAACGAAGCCCGAACUACCACAUGAAGUUGAGCCUGAGUCUGAGGCUGCUCUGGCGUCCACCAGAAAGAGGAGGAAGAAAGAAAAAUGGCCAAACAUGAUGGGGGAGCCAGGGGAUUCUCAGCUGGAGCCUGAGCCGCCUGGGGACCUCGAGCUGCAAGCAGCCCUAGCAGCCACCAAAAAGAAGAAGAAAGAACGUAGCCACAAAGCGACGGAGCCAAGGGCCGAGAUGAGCGCCCCACAGGCUGAGGUUUUGGAGCUGGGGCUGACGGGCGAGGGGGAGCCCGAGGCCAGGGCAGAUCCAGCAUCCACCAAGAAGAGGAAAAAGCGGGGCUGGAAAAGUGGGGUGCCAGAGACAGCGGCCCAGGAGGAGAUGCCUGGACCGCUGCUGCAUCCAGAGUCCGGGGAGGUGGCUCCCACAGGACGGGAGAAGAAGCAGAAGAAGCUACAGCAGGAUCCCAUGUAGUCUCCUGCCAGGAAACUGAGGACUGCCCUUAAGAAAAGCUGGAGGUGACCACCUGGACCAGCAGAGAGCAAGCACAGAGGUCCCUGGCCGCCUCCCCGCCCUGGGUGACUGCCCCAGCACACCAGCAGCAGCCUGGGCCAGGAAAAUGCUUUAUUGUUACACCAAAAUGUUUCUUCAAAGCUGUGGUCAUCGGGGCACUUUCAGGAAGGGCUCAUGUAGGACGUCAAACAGCCUCCGGGCCUGGGUGAGAGCAAGAAAGAAACGAGGAGCCCGUCAUUAAAUGAGCCAUUUGUUUGCUGCA